GAAAACAGCACGGCCAUUUGUGUCUUGACGCUUUCAACACAAGACUCAGCAUAAAGUUGUUUACUCUGAAGGAUUAUUGGUGUCUUGUUGCUUCUCAAGAUCUAAAAUAAGAAGUGCUGUUUUUCUCCCAGGAAGCUCUGAAAAGACAGGUCAAACUGCAGACAAGAGAGGAGGCAGGUUAAACAGUGUUUUGCAGCAAUGGCAGCCUCGUCAGCGCUGUGGAUCCCCGUGCUGUUCCUACUGCAGCUGGCCCACUGCUCUGUCAUUUACAGACGUGCUCCAGGAGAUCCAGUGUUGAUAGACGGGCAGUCAGCAGCCUCCUUCCUGUCACGCUCAUUGCUCUAUAACAGCUGGGACUUUGAGAUCAUAGUGGCUGACAAUCUGGAGAGAGAGUGUGUGGAGGAGAUUUGUACCUAUGAGGAGGCCAGAGAGGUGUUUGAGGACAAAACCCAGACGGAUUUAUUUUGGAACAACUACAACGACAGUGGAGCACCCAGAGUGGAUGUGUCAGGGCUGGUGGCAGGGAUCCUGGCUCUUCUAGUCAUUGCUGUUAUUGCCACUGUGCUGGGAAUCUACUGCUACAAAGCCAAGAACAAAGGUGGACAAAGAGCUCCAGUGAGGAUGGCAGCAGAUGGGCGUCCUGCCCCAGAGACAGUGCCCCUGUCUGGGAUCAUGGCCCCAGGUCUACCCUCCUACAAUGAGGCUCUGAACCACAGCGGGCAACAUGAUGCCCCCCCACCGCCUUACUCUGGGGGAGCGCCAUCAGAGCCUGCUGAUCCUGGAGACAACGAGUGAGAGGGCUGGCACAGCCUCUUCAUUAUGGUUGAUGGGCACUGGUGGUUUGAGUGAACUUUUGAAUAUUGCAUGUUUUUUUUAUAUACUGUAUUUAUAAGUGAAGUUCUGACACAUUCCCACCACGGACACUGCUGACAGUAUGAAGUGUGUAUAGGCAGGCCAGUAGUCUGACAGAUGUGAUGCUUUAAAGCUGAGGGUGUGGUUCGUUUUUGUGGUUGCACUGUAUGCCAAACUGUUGUGUUUCUGAGGUAUUUCUGAGCAGAUCAACAACAGGCAGUCAAUUCAUAAAGAUACUGGUUCUUCAAGAAAACCCAAACAUGUUUUAUAUAAUAAAUUACAUAACUAUUG